UCUUUUCUUUGCUCUCUUUCUCCGUGUGUGCGUAUAUAUAUUUCCCAAAUAUAUAAAUAGGCCAUAUAAGGGUCUCUUCUUCUCCAGCUUUAAUGGCGUGAGAGUUUAUGUAUAUCUACGGUCCCAAGUAACCGUAUAAGUAAUCCUUCAAUCUUUGCAUGCUUCACCGACUUGACAGACUUCCCACAAAAGAAACAAAAAAAACCCAAAAAAAAAAAAAAAAAAAACCUAAAUUCGUUUCACAUCAACUGGAACCACCACCAUCAUCUCCAUUUCGUUUUUCUGAGCAAAACCCAGUUGAUAAAAAGUGGUAAUCUCUUCUGGGUAUUCCUUGCUUUUCCCUCUUUCAAUCAAUAUCUAAUGUGGGUCUCUUCGUGAUUCUGGCCUUGGUUUCAUUGUUUGUGUGUGUGUUUUUUUCUUGUUCUGGUGUUUCUCUUUUUGUUGUUUGUUUGUUGGUCUUUUGGUGUUUGAGGGCGUUGAGAUUGAGAAAAAGAUUUAGAACCAAAAAAAAAAAAAAAAAAAAAAAAAAGAGAAUGCAGAAAGAGAUUGGAAUGUUAAUGGAUGACAAUUCUCUUGAAAUAUCACACAAUCGUCACCGUCUAUAUAAUCAUCAUCAUGAUCAUCAUUUUCAUGGUGACAUGUAUGACAACGGAUCACCAUUGAAUCAUCACCAUCAUCACCAUCAUCACCGUAUGUAUUCAUGUGCUUCAUCUCCUCAUAGUGUGUUUUCUUUGACAUCAAAUGGCUCCUCCUCAAGCUUGUUCUCUGUUGGCCAUUCUUUUCCUGACAAUGGAUCACCAACUCCUCCUUCCUUGGAAGAAUUCAAGUCCCACAUGCCUAUUAGAACUCCCCACAAUCCAAAAAUACCAGAUUCACCCAUUAGGAAUAAUUACAACACAAAUGAGAGGUUAAUUGAUGAACUGAGUCUGCGUACAAAUCUCGGAAAAAUGUACAUAAGUGAUGAACAACUUGAUGCUUCUAGCUUCAUAGAGUUAGGUAAUGGUUCUUCGAUCGGAAAUAAUCGAGGCAAUGUCGAUGUUUUAUCGUUUUGCAAGAGUUUCAAUGGAGAAUUUUCUGAUGACACGGGGUUUCAAUCCCCUGUAACGGGAAAUGCUGCGAGUUUUAAAGGCCAAAUGAGUCCAAAAUUGUUGGGGUUGCAGCAGGAUUAUAGAAUGGGAAAUCCGUUGGAUUUGCAGUUUGCUCCUGCUGCGCGUGGUGCGUUAUCUUCGGAAUUCGAUUACUUUAAUGGCCCGAUGAGCUCUCCAUGGCAGAAUAUGAAGGAGCAGACAAGUAACCAUCACCAGAUUGGGAGUCCAUUGGCUAGCAGAGCCACUACUUUCAGUGGAGCUGCUGAUGCUUUGUUUCGGUUGCAGGCAAAUGUGAUGAAUUUACCUGAGGACAGAGUUUUGAUGAAUUUUCCUAAUUCUGAACAAGUGACUAGGAUAAGGCCUCCUCAUUCAAGUGUUGAAAGUUUGAUGUAUGGCCCGCUGGCAACUAAUGGGACGACUAGAGCAUCAUAUUCGGGCAUCCGAGUCCCACAAGGUCAUCCCAAGGCUUUUUACACUGGUGAGGAUAGCUUCAUAACUCAUGGAGAAGGUAUAAAUUACAUUGUCAAUCCGUGUCACAAUAGGUGUACCGCACGUGACAUUGGUGCAAGCCUAGAUAGGUCUCGGCAAGAUGGCAGGCGCCGGAUUACUGAGAUUUAUGAAAAUUCUCGGAGUCCAAGGAUGUGUUUACCAUUUUUCCUGCCAUCCAAGUGCAACUCCCUGGCAGAUGCUCGCGGCUAUAUAGGCCUACUAGCAAAGGAUCAGCACGGUUGUCGAUUCUUGCAAAGGAUAUUAGAUGAGGGUCCUCGGGAAGAUGUAAAAAUAAUAUUCGAUGAGAUCAUUGGCAAUGCAGUUGAACUCAUGAUGAAUCCAUUUGGAAAUUACCUUAUGCAGAAGUUGUUAGAUGUGUGCAAUGAGGAACAGAGAACGCAGAUUUUGCUCGUGGUAACUGCAAAGCCGGGGGAGUUUGUUAGAAUAUCUUUGAACACUCAUGGCACUCGCUCCGUGCAGAAGUUGGUAGAGACUCUCAAAACAAGGCACCAAGUUUCACGGCUUGUAUCAGCUCUUGAACCAGGAUUCAUUGCACUGAUCAAGGACCUGAAUGGAAACCAUGUUGUUCAGCGCUGCUUGCAAUGCCUUAGCAAUGAAGAUAAUAAGUUCAUAUUUGAUGGUGCGGCAAAGAAUUGUGUCAGCAUUGCAACUCAUCAACAUGGAUGUUGUGUUCUACAACGAUGCAUCCAUCAUUCUACUGGGGAGCACCGAGAAAACUUGGUCUCAGAAAUAUCGGACAACGCACUUCUGCUUGCUGAAGAUGCUUAUGGAAAUUAUGUUGUUCAGUUUAUCUUGGACUUGAGAAAUCCAUCUGCCACCUCCACGAUUGUCUCUCAAUUGAAAGGGAACUAUGUGUGUCUCUCAACUCAGAAAUUCAGCAGCCACGUCGUUGAAAAAUGCCUUGAAACAUUUGAUGAUGAGAAUCGAUCAACAAUCAUUCACGAAUUACUCUCUGCCCGGCCCUUUGAAGACUUGCUUCAAGAUCCACACGCAAACUAUGUAAUUCAAAAAGCUCUUAAAGUUUCUCAGGGCCACUUGCGCAAUUCGUUGGUCGAAGCGAUUGAGCCUCACAAGGCAGUCUCCCGCAACAGCCCGUAUUCGAAGCGGAUUUUCUCUCAGAAGCUUUUGAAGAAGUGAUGUACAUUUUUCCUCUCUGCGGCCACACGAAAGCCCUGUUGCUGUUGUACAUCAUUACUAGCUUCUUUCUCCACAAACUACAUUUAUGGAACUUGAUUUAACUGGAAAGUCUAAUUAUGCUGAUGGUUGCAAGAAAAAGAAAAGAAAAGAAAAAGUUGUCUUUAAGGAUUGCAUAAACAGUUCGAAUGUGCUCUACAAGUGCAGUUAGACUUGGAUACAGAAAUUUUUCUCAACUAUGAUUUUGGAAAGGCAAUUGUAUUAUUUAUAUUUGCUCGUGUAGGUUUUUGAUAUUAUUGUCAUACUUCACUCACUGUAUAUGAGAUUACAGUGUAUAGAAUGCCGGGUUUUGUUUCCCCUACAUUUC